CCCACCUCUCUGGAGUUGUGGAUGGAUAUAAAAAGGGAACCCAACUUGCUGGGAUACAGUAGGAAGUUUCUGCUGGGGUCUGCACUGGAACUAAACCACUAAAUCUACCCCUGUAUGACUAGGACCUAAGAAGGAAUUAGACAGGGCCACAGAGAGUCUACAUGUCUGAUAUUUAGACAUGUUCAGCUUUGUGGAUUCACGGAUACUGCUCGUUAUAGCAGCAACAAUCCUAGUAACAAGAUGUCAAGGAGAAGAUGAUGAUGGUACGUAGACUUCCAUUGGUAACACCAAUUCAUUGUUCGCAGUAAACCUUGGUGUCAGAUAGAUGCAUUGUGUUCUUAAAAGAUUGUACUUUUUAAAGCCCUGCUAUAGUAACUUGGGCUAAGUAAUAAUUGGCCAGACACCUAAUUUGCAAAAAAACAAAUGCACCUUCUCAUCUAUUGUAAUAGACAAUAGAUGUAGAAUUGGCCAAGUAAUGCAUUUUGAGUUAUAAUUCUUUUAGUAUGCUAUAUGUACUUAACAAAGUAACAAUGCAAUUGUUUUGUUGUGGUACAUAUACUUGGAAAAGUUAUUUUAUCCUAUUCUGUGCAUCGUUAAUUUUGUUUUAGGCUUUGUUAAUGUGAUGUUCUAUAGUGCUUUGUUUGUGAGACACCCAGUGAUUGCAUAUUGUAGAUAAUAAAUGCAUGCGUUUUAUGGAAGAAAUGGGGUUAAGUCUGCAAAAUGUAGUCCUUGAGGUUUUUGCAGAUGUUACGAGCGAGUUGGCCGUUAGGAAGAGCGUGAAAAAAAAGUGGGUGGGAAUUGUUUUAAUCCCCCCUUUCCUGUAUGAUUUAAUAUGGGUUGUUUUUUGUGAAAACAAAUUAUCUCAUGGUUGCAUUGAGAAACUAAAAGUUGAGAAGGGUUAAGGAAUACACACAGGCAUGUGGGUUUCAUUACACUCUGCUAAAGUCAUCAAGUGGGGGUCUGGAUAAUAAAAAAUGCUAAGGAGUGAUUCAUGGCAGAAGUUUUCAAGAGAUUCCAAGAUGAAAAAAUGUCUAGACAUUUAGAACUGCAAUUUAAAGAUGCUCACUUUACAUAGUGGUCCAGAACAGUUUGCUCUACUGCCACCUUGUGGCGGUCAAAAAACUUGCACCAGCAUUAGCAAAAGCAAUUGUAGUUUAUCCUUAAUAAAUUCCAAAAUUAAGGACAAUUAUUUAUUUUGUCAGUAUUCUUAAUUAAAGCAGAUAUUUAAUAGAUGAAAAGUGAUUUUCAUCAAUUUUAGCUUUUUCUCCCCCAAUUGUUAUUUUCCAACUUUCCAAUUAUGUAGCAAAGCCACCUAGUGGUAAAAGCAGGUAUGGCAGCCAAGUAUAUGGGGUGUGGCAAUUAACACUUAUUGUUUCCCUAAUUAUAUUUGCAAACAUUGACAUAACACCUGCAGGGGAAUUUAAAAUGACAUCUUUCACAUGCUGCAAUUUUCAAUAUUUUUUGUAAAAAAUUUUUUUGCUUUCUCGUCAACUAAACCCACCACUAACUCACCAAUUCAAAAGUUAGAGCUGCUCACCUGACUUGCACUUAAAGAGUUAACUUUCAGCACCUACAAGUCUAGGCUUUAAAUGUGCUAGUGAGGAUUUAUUUUAAGUGCCUUAGUUUUUCUCUUCCUUCAGGCUAAUUUCCAUGGCUUGUGAGACUCAAUGCUUCUGUGUCAUAUAUCUUGCUUUCAAACACAUUCUAUCUUUUUUUUUUCACAUUCCACUGGUACCUGAACAUGUUUCAUCCUGUAUCCCAACAACUGUGGCAUCCUGCUGCCCCUCCUCCUCCAGGGGCUCACACUUCCAAUGGAUACUCCCACUAUUUUUUUCUGCCUUCUCAAAUUCAUACUCCACCUUCUUUCUUGCCCCUGUCCAAAAAAAAACUGCAUUUGCUCCCCCUUUUUGUCCCUCUCAAAAGCCGCAACUUAAGAUGAACAUGGGCUUGGAAUAGACUGUAGCCUGGAAAAACUUGGAGACUUCCAAAAUAUUUAGCUUUUUUUUCCCCUCCUCCCGCCCCCAUGCUUUUGGCAGCUUCUACCCUCGUCAGUGUUCCUGGCUGAUGAGAACCAGAUGAUUUUUUUUUCUUUUUUUUUUUUCUUUUACACCAGAUGUUAAAAUAAUAUAUUACAAAAAAAAAAAAAAUAAGAUACAGCUGGGGUAGGAGAUGUUUUCGGCAGCAUCUUAACCCUUUUGCUAUGUGACGUACUCCAAUAAACUGGUUUGGAAAAAAAGAUUUCCACUUUCAGAAAAUAGAAUCCUGAAAACUGGUACAGAAGUUUAAAUUAUUUGGAAUUAUUUAGCAUUCUUCAUAUUUUGUUGUAAUGCAUAUUAUUAAAAUAAGACUGGUUAUGAAGAAUUUUAUGAAAUUUAGUGUUUCGAGUGAUUAGGCUCGGAUUUAAUUGUUGUUUUACCAUAUUUACAAAACAUAGGUGUCUCGAGUUUAUGCCUCGCUCCGCGUUCCAUUCAGAUUUUUGACAUAUUAUAAUCCGGUUUGUCUUUUUCUCUUUUUUUCCUCCCACCAGCUUAUUCUUCCCAGUGCAUCCAGAACAGCCAACAGUACAACGACAGAGAUGUAUGGAAACCCGAUCCCUGCCAGAUCUGCGUCUGUGACAAUGGAAACAUCCUCUGCGACGAGGUGAUCUGUGAAGAUGUAGAUUGUCCCAACGCUGAAAUUCCAUUUGGAGAAUGCUGCCCUACAUGCCCUGAAGGUAAAUAAAAAUGUUGAUAAUGAGUGGUCUUUGGACUGAGCCGCAGCACAUGCAAUGUUAGGUGUCGGAUUUCGCACACCAGUUGAACAAUUCCCAAAAGGAUAAUUUUAUUUUGGUGUAUUUGGUGUAAAAAAAAGCAUUAUGUUUUAUCAUUGUUGAUGUUUAACCUUUCGGUGAUAUGUGUAUAUUCAUUUAAGUGCUUUCAUAUAACUAUCUGUUAAGAUGUAUAUAUCCAUGUAACAUUCAAAUAUUUUCUUAUUCAGCCGGUCAACCCCAAUACUCUGAUUUUCGUCUUAAAGCAGAGGUGAGUUGAAGUUUAAAAAAAUAAAAUAAAAUAAAACCACAAUAUAUCAGUCUAAAUAUGCCACCAAAUGAAAGUGCUUCUGUGUGCUAAUCUCUUGUCUUUACCUGUUCACAGGGUCCAAAGAGCGAAGGCCCUAAAGGCGACAGAGUAAGUUUCAUUUUUUUUCUUUACACCUAUAACCUAGCUAUAGUUGGUGACCAUUUUAGAUAUUGUGAACUACAUAAUGCUCUUAAAUCCAUAAUGCUGGCAAAUUAUCAGUGGAGUUCUAGUCCACAACAUUAUAAAUGCCAAAGGUAGCCUACUCCUAUAGAGCAAGAGGUUUUUUGUUUUUUUUAAAAAUAUAUAUUAAUCUUCUGUGCAUUUAAUCCGCUCCCUAAGAAGGAUUAAGUGAGCUGCAAAAUAUGAUUUAAUUAUAAUUUAAUUUGUGAUCUUCCUAACAUAUAUGGGUUAACAACUUGUAAUAAAUGUGUCAGUUCAGGGCUGCAAAGAAAAGUACAUAGUUUAAGAUAUAGUGAUAUGACCCGUCUGCUUUACUAUAUGUAAAUUACAAUGUGAUCAUAUGUUCUUCUCAGGGUCUUCCCGGCCCACCUGGCAGAGAUGGCAUUCCCGGACAACCUGGCGUACCUGGGCCCCCUGGUCCACCUGGUCUACCUGGCCUUGGCGGAGUAAGUGCUCCCUGGAACCUGGACAUAUGAUGAUACUUUACUGGUUCUAGACCCGCACAACUAGACCCUUAAACUGACUGACAUAUUUUUUUUUUCCUCUCCAGAACUUUGCUCCUCAAAUGUCUUACGGUUAUGAUGAGAAAUCUGCUGGCAUCUCCAUGCCCGGCCCAAUGGUAAGUUGCUUGUGUUGGAUAUUUGUUUUGGUUAUUGGGGGAUGCGUUUUGUAAGCCGUUAAGAUAUAUUAAGGAUGGUUCUAUACACAAUAAAGAAAAUAUGUUGACAAAAAAUAUAAUAUCACAGAAAAUAUCUAACUCUCACUUUGGGCUUUCACUUUCUGUUAUCCAUGAGUAGACUUCUCAUGGACAACCUCAGGAUCAAUUCAGAAACUGUCAGUUUUUAAAAUCAAAGCAACAACGUUAAGUUCUCAUAACAUACCAAAACAACAAUGAUUUUUGAGUUCCACCAGUGUUAGGUGGAAUUACUGAUGUAUAUUACACUGCAGGUAAAGGGUAUCUUCAUUGCCAAUCACAUUAAUUUUUUAUUCACUCUUUUUUUAGGGUCCAAUGGGUCCCCGUGGUCCCCCUGGCCCAGCUGGAUCUCCUGUAAGUACCUUCAUCUUAUAUCUUGAAAUAACAUUUUGCUGGUUUUAGUCUACCCUACACUUGGAAAUGGCAUACUGAUUGGUUAGUGGCUAACUAUUUACUUUACUUUCUCAGGGACCCCAAGGCUUCCAAGGCCCCCCUGGUGAACCCGGUGAACCUGGUGCUGCUGUAAGUACCACAAGAUGGCAUAUAUCCAUAUUUCAUCCUUUGCCAGCCUAUGGCAUAAGUAACUGUUGUUAGAGUAAAAUUCCUAUUAUCCUGGUCAAGCUGAAGGCCUAGUUCAGACCAAUAAGUUGCUCUCUACCUUCAUUUUGUUGGUCCGAAACUUACAUCAUCCUCUUAGUAGGAGUCAUAUUGCAACAACCAACAUUUAAUAUCUACUUCUAAUGUAUUAUCAACUACAACAAAAUUACUAAGCGCCAAUCCUCUGAAAGAGUCUAAGAAGUCACCAAAUUGGCCAUUUUAAUAUUCAAUAAUAUAAUAAAUGUUUUUUUCCAUAUGGACUAUGAGGACCUUGUCCAUGCUGAAGAUAUUUAAUUCUUUCUAUCCCUGAGUGUGAUAUAUUUGAUGAUGACUGAAGUUGAGUUACAGUAUAAUGGAACACAGAUGCUCAGUUCUGUAUUAACUUUAGCAAUCCCAGAAAGAUUUUAGGCUUUUCAAGGACUUUAAUUGCCUUUAUAUUUAUUAAUCAGCAUAAUGUUAGAUAGCUAGCAUGGGAUAGCAUAUCUCAUUAGAGUAUAUUGCUAAUUUUCACAUUGUGUAAUUAGUUAGUUGCAUAUUGUAUUUUCUUUAGAAUGACAUCUCAUCCACAGUUUUCUAAUUGCUAUCUGCAUCUUCUUGCGUUUUAGGGUGCUAUGGGACCCCGUGGCCCACCAGGACCUCCUGGAAAGAAUGGUGAUGAUGUAAGUAGCUGGCAAAAUACAUUCCAACUCAUUAAAUAGAUCAUUAUAAAAAAACAAUUAAGAAGGAAGGUAAAUUUCAAAACUAGUCACUUGUCAGAAUUUCUAAUGCCUCAGAUAGAGCUGAUUUUGCCACCACAAUCUGGCAACAACCAUCAAUUUCUUUACCUAUGCAUCUAACCUUCAUUAUAAUACUCAAACCAUUAAUUGAGCCCCAUUUACUCCAAAAGCAUGAUGAUACCACUCAACUGACAAAUACACUGUGCCCAUAUUCAUUUAAAUAUUCCUCCAAAUCAAUCUAUGACAUUUGUGUAGACUUAGUUAUAUAGUAAUACAUCAAACAUCCAGUUCUCAUUAAAAAAAAACUAAUAAAUGGUAAUUAUGUUUUCUGGUAAACGUGUAUUGUAGAUAUUUAGAAAUAUGCUUUUUUUAACUUUGUGACCAGUUAAGAGAAUUUAGGGUUUAGUUAUUUUACAUGUAAAGGGGAAUUAUUUUAGAUACACUUUACCAAAAGACAAGGAGGUGAUCUAUUUCUGUACUCCUGCAAACUAUAAUAAUGUAUGGCUUCUAUUUUCUCUUUUCCAAAGGGUGAAGCUGGCAAACAAGGCCGCCCCGGUGAACGUGGAGCCCCAGGACCUCAGGUAAGAUAGUUCUUCUGAAACCAAAAGGUAUUAUGAUAAAAUUUGAGGUGCUGACCUCUCUUUGGUGUAUCCUGUAUGGUUGGGAAAUAAUGCUACAAACUAAGCAAGAGCAGAGAAAUUUGGGGUGCUGGGGCUGAAGGUAGAAGUAUUUUGAAUACUUUAAGUACACUUGAAGUAAAGAAAACAAUCAUAGGCAGUUAGGAUCUAUUGUCCAACUAGGACAUUUAUGGGUCAAUUUGGUCAAUGUCAUGUAUAUAGAUUUCCAAGCAAUUUUAAUUUAUAAAUUAUGUUGUUAUAUGCAUUCUUUUCACUCCAACAUCUAAUUUACAGGGUGCCCGUGGUCUUCCAGGAACUGCUGGUCUUCCAGGCAUGAAAGGACACAGAGUGAGUCUUAGACCCAACAAUAUAUCCUACCCUUCAUGAAAAAAUAUGAAUCUAGCAACAAUUCAUCACAAUUCUAUCCAACUUUUCUUUUCCUUGCAUCCAGGGUUUCAACGGUCUUGAUGGAGCUAAGGGUGAUACUGGACCAGCUGGCCCCAAGGUAGGUAUUCUGCAUAGAAAACAAAAGCAUGGUACACAAACCUAUAUCCUUGGUUUAUUGAUGACCUUUUUAAAUUAUCUUUUCUUAUAGGGCGAGCCUGGUAGUGCUGGUGAGAAUGGCGCUCCUGGACAAGUGGUAAGUGAUGAAAUUGCAGUUAAUAUUGGAUUCACCAGUGACAGAGGCCUUGAUAAGAUAGCUAGCAGCCUUUAUUAAGAAUGGUGACAACUAUAGAGCAAAAGUGUAGGAAUGAUACACAAUAUAGAUAAGUCAAUAUUGUACACAUAUAUGUUUGUUUGUAUACUGCGGCCUAGUCCAACAAGUCAAUUUUGGCCAAUAUAAAACUAUUGAUAAGAAUAAGUUAUCAGGAUGAAGAAAAUAGACUUAAAUAUAUAUUCACUUAAGCACUGGACACUUAAAAAAGACACUUAUUGCAGAACGAUUUAAGAGCAUGCACAAGGAUAAGACAAUUGUUGGACAUAGUACUAAUUAUUUAUUCACUAAAAUUUAGAAACACUUUGUUAUAUAUAACAAAUUGGUACUUUAUGCUGAAGGUAGUAGUAGUACAUUUAAACUUCCUAGCUGAUGGAAAGUCAUCAUGUAAUAUAUAUUUAAGUUCUAAGAAAUAAAGAGUAUGUGUGGCCUUGAUUACUUACUUUUGCUAUGCAACAUUUUGAAAGAUUUUACAUUUUUACACCAUUUUUACAUUCUUAGGGUCCACGUGGUCUUCCUGGUGAGAGAGGUCGUCCCGGACCCUCUGGCCCAGCUGUAAGUAUAUUUCUUAAUCUACUCCCAAUGCUGCAUAGGUUCUGGGGGCAUAUUUCCAAAAUAAAUGUCACCAAAUAUACUGGAAUACUGAUUGGGAAUCUUUUCCCCUUCUCUCCUAUAGGGUGCUCGUGGUAACGAUGGUGCUCCUGGUGCUGCUGGUCCCCCUGUAAGUAUCCUCCAUAUCUAAGGAGCUUUAAAGUGGUCUUCAUAAGUCAGUCACUUGAGCCGAUCAUUAUUAUUUACUCAAGCUCAAAACUAAUGGAGUCCACUUAUUGCGCAGUUACAUAUUAAUAUAUUUUUUUUAAAUGGUACCUGAUACAGACAUUUAUAUAGUCCUUUCUGUUUCAUUCUCUCCCCUUCUAUAGGGUCCUACUGGCCCAAGUGGACCACCUGGAUUCCCCGGCGGUGUUGGCCCCAAGGUAAGAAUUGGAAUUCUAAGCUCAGAACUCUACAUGCAGGGUCAAAAAAAUGGAGAGUGAGACACAAUGACUCAUUUGCUUCUUUCCCAAGAUUGAGAAUAUAAAAAUUGUGAAAAAGUCUUGACAAGUUGUACUUUAUCUACCAUCAUACAAAAACUCUAGCCUGCUGUGGUAGCUUUUCUUCAUGAUGAAGCAUGGUUAAGCACAGGAAUAUAGUCUCCACUAUUGCAGGACAGCAACAUUCUAUCAUAGAUUAAAUGUUUUUACUUUAUAAAUCUCUCAAACAUUAGAUCAUAUUAUACCUGGACUUCACCUCACACCAUUUCUUCUUACUCAGGGUGAUGCUGGUCCCCAAGGAUCCCGUGGUGCUGAUGGACCCCAAGGUGCUCGUGGUGAACCCGGUUCUCCCGGUCAAGCUGGCCCUGCUGGUGCUUCUGUAAGUGGCCCAAGCAUUCUCUUCUUGCCACCAAAGUUUUCAUCUUCACUGAAAAGAGAAGUGUACUUACAAUUGUCCUCUUUUCUAUAUUACAGGGAAACCCUGGUACUGAUGGUCAACCUGGUGCUAAGGGCCCCACUGUAAGUAGCUACAUAUUUGGAUUCUGUUCUCCACAUUUUGAAAUUUCUCUUUUUGUCUCUUUACAAAGUCACUGCUUCAUUUGUUUUCUCCGAUUAGCUGUCCCACUUCUUUAUAACUUCUUACCCUGAACAUUCUUUUCUCUUUCCACCUUUCUUCUUCUCACAAAUGCUGUAUCUCUUUGUCUAACUGAUGCCUUUUUAUUUCCUCAUAUAGGGUGCUCCUGGUAUUGCUGGUGCCCCUGGCUUCCCUGGUGCCCGUGGUGCUCCUGGACCUCAAGGCCCCGGAGGUGCCCCUGGACCUAAGGGUAACAAUGUGAGUAUCACCUUCAGCAGAUAAAAUGCCUGUGGUUACUUCAAAGUGUUUUAUAAAAACACUAAUAUUGUGUCUUAUACAGUUCUUGUUGAGAAAAAAUGGCAACUGUUUCUUCAUUCCAAGAUACAUUCUGUGGCUAUUUAAGCAAAAGAUUUUUUUUUAAAAGUACCAAUGUAAUUAAGGCCUUUUCUUACUUGAAGAGCCCCAUGUCCUUAAUCCAACACCAUCUAGCCUUAAGGUUGUCCACUAUAAGGAAUAUUCAGGAGAUAAUGAUUAAUCUAAUUUAGGCAUUUUAUCUCUUCCUAGGGUGAACCUGGUGCUCAAGGAAACAAAGGAGAACCCGGUGCUAAGGGAGAACCUGUAAGUAGCCAUCUAGGUACAAGCUGCUUAAUUAUGCUGGACUAAUAAUGAGCCAGCCUCAUUUCAUUACAUCUUCUCUAUCAUUAGGGCCCAGCUGGUGUUCAAGGACCCCCAGGCCCCUCUGGUGAGGAAGGAAAGAGAGGAUCCCGUGGUGAACCUGGACCUGGUGGUCCUCCUGGCCCUGCUGGUGAACGUGUAAGUAAACAAAUAAAAAUAAAAUGUAAUGCCGAUCGAAGCUUUUACAAGUAAUCCAAAUGGCCAGUCACAAGCAGAAAGGUCAAUUAUAGUCAUCAAGGUAAUACGUAUUGGACCUCUAGACAUGUACAACCCAAUAUCUAGAACCUAGUUCAUCUCUAUCUCUGAGCUUUGUGUCUAAUUAAUUUGUAAAUACUUAGCCUCAAGUAGUAACCUAUCACAUGGAUUUGCAAAAGCAGAUAAACAUCUUCUCAUGAGCAAAACCUAAUUACUCGGCUUCUCAGUUUAAUCCUCUAAAAGUUUAAUUCUGUCCUGAACCCACUGCAUCCUACAAAAUAGUUAGAUGAGAACUUGCUCACUAUAAAAUAUAAUUAUAUCAGAUAAAAAGUCCCAAUGCUCCAUUUUAUUGGUUAUGUAUAUAACAAUGCUCCCUAGUUGCAGUAAUGUUUAAGUAGUAUCACAAUUAAUGGAAGGCACAUUUGUAUUUCCACAAUCAUCACACAACACCUGCUACUUAUCUAUCUACAGCUUAACUUUUGAUAACCAUAUCUCCUCUCAUCUACCUCAAUAGGGUGCUCCUGGAAGCCGUGGUUUCCCUGGAUCUGAUGGUGCUUCUGGACCCAAGGUGAGAAUUUGAUGACAAUUUUAACAAUAAAUAUGAACCAUGGACGGUCAUUUCAUCACAUUCACUGGUGACAUUGUAUCUGAUGCCACAUGUCAGUGACAAAGGGUUGUGUGUUAUGCUACCCUUUGUCAUGUAGUGCUGUGUGAUACACCUGAAAUUUGUCACACAAGCUCAAUUAGGAUGGUUAAUAUCACUAAUUGUCGACAUGGCAUUUGUGACAAUGUUCUAGGGAUGUGGACUGGCUCUCAUAACAAUUCAUUUUUGCUCUUAAUGUCUUAAUAUUUCAAACAAUUCUCCUUCUCUCUUUGACCCAGGGUCCCCCUGGUGAGCGCGGUCCCGUUGGCCCUGCUGGUCCCAAAGGAUCUGCUGGUGAAUCUGGCCGCCCUGGUGAACCUGGACUUCCCGGUGCUAAAGUAAGGAAGCUCCCCGAUAUUUUAAAAUAUAUAUGGAUUAAGAUAUAAUAUAUUUCGGUCAUGGAAGCAGGGUAUAUAAAAAAAAAAUAAUAAUAACUGAAGAUUGCUUUCAAUCAACUACUAUGUAGUCAUGUUGAGAUUAUCCAUUUUAUGGUGUACAAUUCUAAUAAAAAAUAUCUUAGCAAAACCACACCAAUAUCUGAUGAGAAGUCUAUAGAAAGAUGUAUUGGUGGUGGUAGUAUUUCUACAUGCUAUAAUCCACCAAAUUCACAUAGCCUAUGAUAUAGAAAAAAAUGUAAAGGUUGUGGUCUGGUUGUGUUGAUGCUGUUACAGCAUAUAUAAUUCAAUAUAUAGUCUACAUUAAAUAUUAUGUAUGUAAUAACCAACAAAGUUUGACUUUUCUGAUCUUCUCUUCUUUUACCUUCUAGGGUCUGACUGGUAGCCCUGGUAGCCCUGGUCCUGAUGGCAAGACUGGCCCUGCUGUAAGUUGAUUUCCUUUGGCUUCUUUAAUCUCCAUGUGGCUCAUUUCAGUUUUCUAACUCUUGGAAUUUUUUUUAACUCAGGGUCCCCCUGGUCAAGAUGGACGUCCUGGACCCCCUGGCCCACCUGGUGCUAGAGGCCAAUCUGGUGUAAUGGGAUUCCCUGGCCCUAAGGGAGCUGCUGUAAGUAUAUAUUUUACACAAUGCUAUUCUUUUGUAAGCAGAAUGCUGGUGACACAACAUAAUCUCUUUCUGUGAGUUUAGUCAUGGGAAGACAUUAUUAGGUGCAUAACUAAUUAAUGUGGCAGCCAUUUUGUUUACCUAAUUUCAGUUGCUGAAGCCUUUCUUUAUCUCUUUCACAGGGUGAACCUGGUAAGCCUGGCGAGAGAGGAGUUGCUGGUCCCCCUGGCGCUAAUGUGAGUAUCUUGAUAAUUGUCCUUAAAAUGGGUCAGAAAAUAAGGCUUCGGCCUGGUUGCAGUCUAGAACCCUGAUUUAGGAAAAGGAGACUGGAGAGUAAGCAAUAGAUUCUGGGCCUAGUUUAAGGUGUCUAAUCCAAUGUAUGUUUGCAAAUAUGAGUUAGGGAAGAAAAAUAUUCAUGAAUGAUUGAAAUUGGAAAGUUAUUUGGAAGGUUAACGUGUUUUCUGAUGGGAUAACUGUUUGAUUUUGUAUAGUUAUAGUUUAAUAAAAAAACAACAAAAUAUCAAUUAGCAAAUUAUAUAUAUGUGGUAUUAUGUAUCUAUUAGCUGAAAGGUCGAGUGUAAAAAAUAACAUUGCUCAGAAAUCAACCCCCUUUAUUGUGAUGCUUUUUCUCUUAUCAGCCAUUCGAUGGUGCUCUUGAGACAUUAUCACUUACUACUUGAUAUUUCACUAUAGUGACUUACAUUGAAUCUUGAUUAGCAGCAACUUCAAUGAUUUGGAAGUCAUGCUCGCUCAUUAAAAACCAUUGAAUAAUCUUAUUAUUUCAAGAUUUGAUAAGAAAGAACCCUUCAUCAUAGUGCAUCUUCCCACAAUUUGAAUAUGUUAGCUAUCUUUAGAGGACUAAUAUAUCCUUGAGUUUAAUUAACAUUGAUAACAAUGUUCUCUUGUCCCUAAUUAGGGUGCCCCUGGCAAAGAUGGUGAAGCUGGUGCUCAAGGUCCCCCUGGCCCCUCUGUAAGUAUUGACUACUAUCUCCUUUGGUGUUGAUUGUCAUUCAUAUUUAAUUGCUAGUCAGGUAUCAUGAACUCUUCCCAUUGCUGUUCUACAGGGCCCCGCUGGUGAGAGAGGUGAACAAGGUGCUGGUGGUCCCCCUGGAUUCCAAGUAAGUAAAUGGGUUACUAAUGCUCAAGCAACACUUAACCACUCUUGAUACUUUGUCCACAAAGUCUACAACAUUAUCUUUUCUCUUAUAGGGACUUCCUGGACCCCCAGGUCCCGCUGGAGAGAGUGGCAAGCCCGGUGAACAGGUAAGCAAAAUCAAUAGCAGUGUAGGGUAAUUAUUGUAUCAGUUGCAGAAUAAAAAAUAAAAUUAAGAGUGCAAGCUUCUAAUACUCUUCAUCAGACAUUCUACAAGGAAGGCAGAACUGAGUGAAAUAUUAAUUAUUAUCCAUUAAUUAUAGCCAAUAUAUUCCAAUAUAUUCCAUAGCACUGUACCAUUUAAGUGCAGGGUAAAUAACAAUAUGUUACAAAGCAAAUUAUUACAUAUUGAUAUAGUAGGAAUGCAGAGAACUGAGAGUGAGCUUACAGUCUGCUCCUGGAACAUACUUAUAUGAAGAAUCAGGCCUAGAUAACGCCCUGUUUAUGAUCGUAUGCAUUAGAACAACUCACUGGGGUAAAUGAAGAGGAGUUUAAGGAUUUAGCAAUGAAGGGUGGUUGUUAUGUAUCUGAAAUUGCAUUUUAGAGUCAUUGAGAUGUCUGGUCAAAUAACAGGCCAGGCAUACCCAACUCACUUAUAUUAACAUUAAUUUAAAUAGGCAUGUUGGUGCCAGUCCCAUGUCAUUGACUGAGAUGGGACUGGUUACUCUGGUCUGUAAUGAUACUGAAAGUUAUCUAUCUCUUUAUAGGGUGCUCCUGGAGAUGUCGGUCCCCCUGGCCCAUCUGGUUCAAGAGUAAGUACCAUAUUCUCUUACUACUAAAACUUAAUAUAAAUAUAUAUACUGAUCUAUACUUAGCAAACAUGCUUAACUAUGUUAGUUACACUACCAAGUAAUUAUACAUUAAAAAGAAGUAGACCUUAUUAUCAUAUUGCUCUGCUUGCUAACUUGUAUCUGACACAUUGUAUUUUAUUGACACCUUCUAUAUAGGGUGAAAGAGGUUUCCCUGGUGAGCGUGGUGCCCAAGGUCCUCCCGGUCCACAGGGUGCUCGUGGCUCUAAUGGUGCUCCUGGUAACGAUGGUGCUAAGGUGAGUCCACCUGUUCCCGUAGAUAUUUUCACAGGAGGGCAAAUGGAAAGUAUCUGGUUUUUAUGUUCAAUCUAAAAUAUUUCAUGAGGGAUUCAUGAACCCUCACAGUGGGUAAUGUAACAUAAAGAUCCAGUGGAAUGAUGACUCUGGAUAGUUACAGAAAUUAUCCAUGGCUGAAUGGCCUGCACUUGAAAUUUACUUAAAUUAUAUGCAGUCCUAUAACUUAUGGCCCAAUUUACAGAAACUAUGUAUGGUCUAUUUUUACCUGUUCUUAAAGAUUAGAGAAAUUAUUUAAGGCUCUGUGGCCUACUCUUGAAUUUGCAGAAAUUAUGCAUACUUCUACUGUACUCUCUUGAGAAUUAUAGAACAUUUCUAAAUCUUAUGGCCUACUUUUAAAUUUAUAUAAUAUUAUUUAUGGCUCAAUGGCCUUAUCUUGAAGUGUACAGAAAUUAUGUAUGGCUGUUUGGCCUACUCCAAAUAAAUCUUAUGGUGUUUCUGAUAUGCCAUGAUACCCAGGAACUACUAUAGUAUGAUACAUAGCUGUGUUUCUCUCCUCCACUUCUUCAAUAAUAGGGUGAAGCUGGUGCUCCAGGUGCCCCUGGUGGCCAAGGACCUCCCGGCCUUCAAGGAAUGCCCGGUGAACGUGGUGCAGGUGGUCUUCCUGGUGCUAAGGGUGAUAGAGUAAGUACCAGUUCUUAUUACAGAAACAUCUUUAUUAAAGAUCUUUAUUAAAAUUCUUACUCACUACAUGAAUUUUUAUAUCCUCCACAUUUAUCUUCCUUUCUUUCGAGAUUCACUUCCACUUCCUCCUUUGUGUUAGGUGCUGUGGAUUCUUCUUCUUAGUUGCUGUUGAAAACAAACCUUUUUUGAAGAACUCAACUUUUAACUCACAAUUCUCAUUCUCCUUUGAAUUAGGGUGACCAAGGACCUAAAGGUAGCGAUGGUGCCCCUGGCAAAGAUGGUGUAAGAGGUUUAACUGGUCCCAUUGGUCCACCUGGUCCAUCUGGUGCUCCUGGUGACAAGGUAGGUUUUGUUGACCUGUGACAGCCAUGCCUGUUUGCGUUAAUGUACAGCUUUAAUAGCUCUAUAUGUUAGGGGAGCUAACAAAAUAAUUAUAAAAUAUGUAUUUGCUCCAAAAACUUAAAAAAUAUUUCUUAGAAUUAAGUUCUCAGUAGGUCCAAAUUUUAAAAUAUUGAGGCACUAAUAAGGCCUUAUAUCAAGACCACUAUCAAGACCUCAAGAAGAUCACAUUUUUGAAAUUACUUACAUUAUAUAUUUUCCUUACAGGGUGAAGCUGGCCCUGCUGGUCCUGCUGGUCCCACUGGUGCCCGUGGUGCUCCCGUAAGUAUCUUAUGUAAAUUCAGUCAGAGCUAUUGUCUCGGCCUAUCUUAAGCUGGAUCACAACAAACAUGUCUCCUCUUUAUCUCUCAUAGGGUGAGCGUGGUGAGCCUGGUCCACCUGGCCCUGCUGGAUUUGCUGGUCCUCCUGUAAGUAUACUUAAUUAUGAUCUCUCCACACCACAUUAAGCAACUUAGGUCGUAUUUCCCACACCAUCCUACAUGUAUAAAGCUCAGUUAAAACAUUAUAUACAUUUUCCUUAAUGACCUUCUGCUACACUUGCUUCUUCUUAUCCUGAAAAUGUAAUGGGAUUGCAAAACCUGAUGCUGCUGUUAGUUAUAAAGUAUGUGUUCAGAUAUGGAAUAUUCAAAUUAGAAAUAUAAAGAUAUCUGUAUCAAGUUAUCAGUAUACAUGGACAAUUAAUUAGACUCGAAGGACACACUUUAGGCCUUGCUAAUCAUUGACAUGCACUAUAAUAGGAUGAUUAAAUUGCUCUUGUGUAUUUGUCUCGGCCACAUAUUGCUUGCUUGUGCCUAACUUCCAUGUUCUAUCCAUACAGGGUGCUGAUGGUCAACCUGGAGCUAAGGGAGAACAAGGAGAUGCUGGUCCUAAAGGUGAUGCUGGUGCCCCAGGUCCAUCCGGUCCCACUGGUGCCCCUGGCCCUGCUGUGAGUAUUAUACCAACUGGUUCUCCUUAUUAAUUUUUCAACGUAUAUGAAAAUUGGGCUAAUGUUCUCACUUUCUCUUUCUAGGGUGCUCUUGGCGCUCCUGGACCCAAAGGUGCUCGUGGUCCCGCUGGUCCCCCUGUAAGUAUAAACCUGAAGAGUCAAACUCACUCAUAAUAUCCAAAAUUGCCAUGAUAGAGAUUGUCACUGCAACUCUUGUAGGAGUAUUUAGGAGCAUGGGGACACACAGUAUGUUAGAACAUCACAGAAUGUUUCAUACAUAAUAAUACCUAUAUACCCAGAAUGUUCCGACUGUAUUAUUACAAACCUCUCCGGUUUGUAAUACCUCUCCAAUCAAUACCACCCCUUCCUCCCCAGCUAUUGCUUGUAUAGACUAUAGCGUUCUAUAACUGGCCUCAAUAAUCUUAUUCUGGAAUAUAGUAACUGUCAUCAUUGCACUUGCUAUUAUAUAAUUAAUAAUUACUGCAAAAAGGAUGCAGUCCUUCAACUAUGGUGGGUGAGUGGACUUUUAUCUGAGAGGUAGCAGAAUCAUUAGAUAUUUCACAUUUAUAGACUGGGAGGUGCACUUGCCUAUUAUGUAGUCAUUUAUUCAUAAAUGGUCUACUUUAUUGAAUACAAUUGUUCUGACCUGUGCCUUCUUUUUUUCCAGGGUGCUACUGGCUUCCCUGGAGCUGCAGGAAGAGUUGGACCUCCUGGCCCAUCUGUAAGUACCUCUUGAUUAACUUUGCAAAUAUAUCUCUUUGUGAUAUUGUUGUGCUAAAGUUAUUGAUUUUGAAGCUCUAGCUUCCACACUACUUGUUUUAGUAAAAUUACUUCAUAGCAGCCCUGUUAACAACCACAUGGCUUAUAAGUUCUUGGUGCGUGCCUAUCCAUGACUUGCUUCAUACUAAAUCCAUUCUUACACAUUAGGGCAAUGCUGGACCCCCUGGACCACCUGGACCAUCUGGAAAGGAAGGACAAAAAGGACCACGUGGUGAGACUGGCCCUGCUGGACGCCCUGGUGAACCCGGAGCUGCUGGCCCACCUGGACCCCCUGGCGAGAAAGGAUCCCCUGGUAGCGAUGGUCCUUCUGUAAGUACCCCCAACAGAUGCACCUAGAACUCAAAGACUAGUUCCCACUUAUUUAUUUACAUCCCAAAAUAUCACCCUUUAUUUGUUACCUAUAAUCACUGUAAAUUACAUAUUGAUAAAUCUCUUGCAGCCACCAGUGAACAUGUUAUACCUCCAAAGAUGGUGUUCAACAUAGAAUUAAACUAUAAAGACCACAUAUAACUAAAAGUGAAAGCAUUAUUAUGUUUAUAACCCUGGCUGUCUUUCUUACCUGCUGCAGGGUGCCCCUGGUCUUCCUGGACCUCAAGGUAUUGCUGGAACCCGUGGUACAGUUGGUCUUCCUGGACAAAGAGGAGAAAGAGGAUACCCCGGUCUUCCUGGACCUACUGUAAGUAGAACCUUAAAAUGGGUGCUUAACUUAUACCACCUGAAGUGAUGCCAGUUUAGCAAAUAGAAUGGUACAAUUAAAGAGAGGACAUAAGGGAUUAAACCAUUUCUUGUACUCCAUUAAACAUGAGAAUGGAAGGAGAAAAAAAGAUAAAAGUUUCAAUUUGCCUCGAGUGGCCUUUUAGGAAUUGAACACAUUUUAGCCCUUGUACAGCAGGAAAAUAAAUACACAAUAGGUCCCUGAAAGAGUAAAAUAGUAUAAUUUUCCUAGGUGUUCCUACAUAAUCUUUAUUAACUAGUAAUUCAGUUUUGCUAUUCAGAGGGCAGUCAGCAGAAUUGUAUCAGAAACACAGUAAUUUCUCUUGCACUAGUGAUUUGAUAGAUGAUGGUUGCUGAGAUGAGAGAUAAUACACUACACAGUUCUUCUGUUCUGUAAUUUUGCUGACUCUGUUUUCAACCUUCCAUCAUUUUAGGGUGAACCCGGCAAACAAGGUCCCGGUGGCCCAAGUGGUGAACGCGGUCCCCCUGGCCCCGCUGGUCCUCCAGGUUUAGCUGGACCUCCCGGUGAAGCUGGUCGUGAGGUGAGUGAUCCUAGAAUUACCAGUAGAAUAAAAAAUAUGGCUCAAUGUGUUGAGGACAUUAAAAAGUGUCACGUGAAAAAAGAUGGUGGAAGCAUCAACGAUUAUUUUAAUAAAUACAAUGUGAAGUUAUGAACAAUUAAUUUCACAGAAAUAUGGACACAUUUUAUAGUGAUAAGAUAUACAACAAAAUGUUGAUCCCAUAUGAUUAAAGCCCAAGAAUGCCCACAAUAAACACUGUAUUUUAUGGAGCUCAGUAUCCACAUGAAAAGUGUUUUAAUUCCUUCAUACUCUUUAAAGACAGUAAAUGCAAUAUAUCUAAGAUUGCCUCUUCUUCUGCAUUCAGGGUUCCCCUGGCUCUGAAGGUGCUCCUGGUCGUGAUGGCUCUGCUGGACCCAAGGUUUGUGUCACCAUUAUGAUCUACUAACCUAUUGUGAACAUGUAUCCAUCUUGUAAACCAUGUAAGUCACCAUACUUAUAAUUAAAUUCUGUCUGAUAGGGUGAUCGUGGUGAGAGUGGACCUGCUGGUCCUCCUGGUGCUCCUGGUGCCCCUGGUGCUCCUGGCCCAUCUGGUCCUGCUGGAAAGAGUGGAGAUCGUGGUGAGACUGUAAGUUUACCAGUUUUUAUGUCUCUGAAAUUCUUAAUUAUGGGCAUCAUAUUAAUUAAUAGGGCAUUGUAGAAUCUUGAUUUCAAGAAAUUAUUUGAGGUCCUCAUAGGGGAGAUUUGAAUUGCCAGUGGUUAACUUAAAUUAGUUUGAUAAAUUGUCUCUAACCGGUGACCUCUUGUAGCUGCAUUUUAAAAUAAUCCACAAAAGCAAUCACGUUUAUUUGUUAGAUAGGAAACUUUGAUUCAAAAUAUAACCUUAUCCAUAAUUUGUAAAUUACAGCUAAAUCCUUUUAUUAAUAAUACCAAGCCUUGCAGGUGUAUAAGUUGCCUGCUAAUAUUAUUGUUACAUUUCAUCCAUCACCUUCUACUACUGGGUGAAAACAGAAGGAACAUGUAGGACUUUCACUGUAAGAGAGAAUUAAGAAUUCACACAGUGGACAUAGAUAUUUACUGCUUAGUAAAGAGGUACUAGGAAGAUUAGUGGUUUGCUUUCCUUUUCUAAUUGAAAAAAACAUUAUCUAUCACAGUGCAGAUUUAGCUAUAGGUUUAUCCAUGUGAUGAUACAUUUUGAUGAUGACCUGUAUUUUUUCUUUUUAUCUUAUAGGGUCCCGCUGGUCCUGCCGGCCCCGCUGGCCCUGCUGGUGUUCGUGGACCUGCUGUAAGUACCACUUUUGCCCUUUAUGAAUAUAAAAUGUUGGUUCAAUCUCCUUAUCUAAACCAACCAUUCUUUUCUAAAAGGGACCUCAAGGCCCACGUGGUGACAAAGGUGAGGCUGGAGAACAAGGAGAAAGAGGCAUGAAGGGACACAGAGGUUUCAAUGGUCUUCCCGGACCACCUGGCUCCCCUGUGAGUAUCAUACAAAAUAAUUGUUCUUUUAUCCUUAAUGUUUUCAGUUGUGUUUUCUAGCCCCCCUCAACUUGUCAUUUUAAUGCUGUUUCUGUGUUUUUGUUGCCCUAUAUUUAAGGCUUUACUCUUUUCAUAUUUAUACAAUUUUAUUGCCUCUUCUGCCCUCACCUUCACGAGUUUCACCAUGGAACACAUGAAGACCCAUUUUCACUUUUACUUUUUAUUUCCUGAUUUUCUACUUGAAAAUAACAAUACAUAUUGUUUAUUCUAGGGCUCCCCUGGUGAGCAAGGUCCAUCUGGUGCAUCUGGCCCUGCUGGUCCAAGAGUAAGUAUUAUCGUGUGUCACAAAUUGACUGAUUAUUGAUCACAGAAUUGUACAAAUCAAGUGAGUCAAACUCUUUGAGUUAAACUCUUACUCCCAAACUUCUGCCACUGUUAAAAACUCAUGUUAUUUGCCCUUUAUAGGGACCCCCUGGAUCUUCUGGUAAUGCUGGCAAAGAUGGUUCCAACGGUCUGCCUGGUCCUAUUGGUCCCCCUGGUCCACGUGGUCGCAAUGGUGAUGUUGGUCCCGCUGUAAGUAUUUCCACUUGUUCAUUUAAUUAUUCUGUCAACUCAAGUAUUAUUGUUUAUUGUUGCCUAUUAAUUGUGAUCACUCUUGAGACAUAUUUUCUCUUGAUUUCUUUCCUAUAUUCUGCUAGUUAGUAUUGGUGAUGCUUAAUGGUUUCAGAAAUUGGUUAAUGGUAAAUCUGUGGAAUCUUUGGUAGUCUCUUCCUAUCAGAAAUUUGUCUUCCAUGUUUAUGUCCAAUGCUUAUCUGACCAGCAUCAUUCAUACAUUUUAGGGUCCCCCUGGACCUCCCGGCCCACCAGGUCCUCCUGGCCCCCCAAGUGGUGGAUUUGACUUCAGCUUCAUGCCCCAGCCUCCUCAGGAGAAAUCUGGUGAUGGCCGCUACUACCGUGCUGAUGAUGCCAAUGUAAUGCGUGACCGCGAUCUGGAAGUUGACACCACCCUCAAGAGCCUGAGCAAGCAGAUUGAGAACAUCCGCAGCCCCGAGGGUACCAGAAAGAACCCAGCCCGUACCUGCCGUGACCUGAAGAUGUGCCACUCUGACUGGAAGAGCGGUAAGAUUGGAAUUCACCAAAUCUCAUUUAUUGACUCCAGUGGUUAUAGAUGAUUUCCCUAUUUCCAGUCUCCUAUCUAGCUUAUUCUACUAUUUACUGUAUUGCAUUCCCUUCCAUUGACAGCAUACACUCUUAUUUCUUAGGUGAAUACUGGAUUGACCCCAACCAGGGCUGCACUCUUGAUGCUAUCAAGGUCUAUUGUAACUUGGAAACUGGCGAGACCUGUGUCUACCCAACACAGAGCAGCAUUCCUCAGAAGAACUGGUACACAAGCAAGAACCCACGCGAGAAGAAGCAUGUCUGGUUUGGCGAGACAAUGAGCGAUGGAUUCCAGGUAAGGAUAUUAGCAGCUUUGCUGCUAAAAAAAUCGGAAAUCUAAUUUGAUCAUCACCACUUACAAUAAGAUAGUUCCAUAUGUGACAUGAGUUGGUGACGUGUAAAAUUUGUAACAUUUUGUCUUUCUUUUCCUCAGUUCGAAUAUGGUAGUGAGGGAUCUGACCCAGCUGAUGUUAACAUCCAACUCACCUUCCUCCGCCUCAUGGCCACUGAAGCCUCUCAGAACAUCACCUACCAUUGCAAGAACAGUGUUGCUUACAUGGAUGCAGCAAAUGGUAACCUGAAGAAGGCCAUGCUCCUGCAAGGCUCCAACGAUAUUGAGCUCAGACCUGAGGGCAACAGCCGCUUCACAUACACUGUCAUCGAGGAUGGCUGCACGGUAUGUAGUUUUUGGUUUGGGUCUUCUAUCUAAGUUACCCAACUAGACAGGUAAACCUAUCCAAGAUAUAGUGUCCUUAUUAGAGAAUAAAGUUUUGGGAAAUUGUAUCAUAUGGAAAGAGGGGUGUAAUGGCACUGUGACUUUUAGUCUGGAAAAGACAAUAGAUCUCUUUUUACAUAAAGAUGGGCUGAGCUGAUUAUUUUAUAAUUUAUUGGGGGAUAGCAGACAGACCAAAACCUGGCACUAAUGAUGUAUAUUUCUUCAACAGCAACACACAGGAGAAUGGGGCAAAACUGUCAUUGAAUACAAGACAACAAAGACAUCACGCCUGCCAAUCACGGACGUGGCACCCAUGGAUAUUGGAGCCGCAGACCAGGAAUUCGGAAUUGACAUCGGACCAGUCUGCUUUGUGUAAAAACAAAACAAAAAUACCAGGACAGGAGAAUAUCUCAUGCGGACUUGAAAUUGUUGUUCCUCUCAUCUCUAAAACUUUUCUUGUUUCCGUAAGCAUUACACGAAAAAGCAAACCUAAAGUCAUGCUUUGAAGAACAUCUCUCAAAGGACAGACCAUGCCUGUAUGUGUGUGCUUGUGUUCACGGGAGGGAAUUUUUCAACUCCUCAUUCAACUGUGCCCCCUGCAUACAUGAAUUGGCCUUCCUACGACCUUGAUGAAGAUGCCCCCUUUGACCAAAAAAGAAUGGGAAUGUCCUUAAAUAAUGACUGUUCCUGGAUUAGAUAAGAAAGCAGGAUCGACGAUCCCAACGUUCCCUGUGUAGAAGAGGAGUAAAUUAAAUCAUUUCAUGUAAUGCAACUUUUUUUAAAAACAUUUUUUGUUUUUUGUUUGUUCAGGUGGCAAAAAAAUAAAUAUGAAAAAAUUAAAUUGAAGGUGUGUGGAGAGUGUUUUGGAAUUAUGAUAGGGCUGAGUUUGCCCUCUGGGUGUGAAUGUCUCCUUACAUGUCCUCCUUAACCAUUCUUGACGUUUUUCUUUCAAACCUUUCUUCAUCUUUUCCUUACUUGAAGACAUCCAAGUCUUUGAUUUGAAUGUUCUUCCAGUGUCAAAGAGUGAGGAGGGGCUCAGUAUUCCAGUGGUGCAGUGUAGAGAAUUAAUAUUUUUUUUCCUGAGACUACCUCACUGUCUUUCCCCAUUCAUUGGUGCUAAAGUCUCACUGCUUCAUCACAUUAGCUUCCUUACAAAUGCUACAGACAUUGGUGCUAAAAUAAUAAUUACAAGGGAUUCCUUAAUCAAUGUAUCCCAGUAUUCCAUAGGCUUGAGCAAUUAUUGGUGCUAUUUCCAUUCACUUUCCCUGGUCCAAUUUCCCGUGAACACAGGCUGAUAAGGACCUGUCUAUAUUGGUAGUCUUUCCAUCUUCUCGUUGUGCUUUUUCCUCUUCUUCUCAUCUUGUCCUUACCUUCCACUGCCCUUUUUCUUGUCUCAUUCCUUCUCCUAUUUCUGUUCUACUUCUUUUGUUCAACUCAAAACUAGACAGCGAUGCCAUGGGGUUUGAACUGAAACCAAGGAUCUGUACCUGAUUUUUUUUUUUUUUUAUUGUAUAAUAAUUUGAGAUGUUUUAAUUAUUUUGAUUGCUGAAAUAAAGCAUGUGAUAUGGUCCAAAACAGUCAGUGUGAUCAGUGGUCCUUCUCUACCC